AAUCACUGAAACGGAUGAGACUGGACAAAUCGGAAAGUUAUCACACAGAUGUAUCGCAGCAUCUCAAAGCUUCAUUUGAAAUAGCUUUUAUGAUAGCAAAGCCAAAGGAACCUCAUACUAUCGGUGAAGGAUUAAUAAAGCCAUGUGUCCUAAAAGCCACGCAGAUAUUUUUACGAGAAGAUGCAGAUCAAAAAAUGAAGUCUAUUUCUCUUUCGAAUAACACAGUCAAGCGUAGAAUCGAUGACAUUGCAACAGACAUAAAGUCACAAAUAAUCAUCAAAGUAAAAUUAUCGCCAUGUUUUGCCAUUAAUUGCGAUGAAUCCACCGACAUUGUUAAUAGAGCACAGUUAAUAGUUUAUGUUCGUUACAUCGGAGCAGAUAUCAUUCAAGAAGAGAUUUUGUACUCCAAAUCUUUGACAGCAGAUGGCGCACCUGCAAUGAUAGGUGUACGAUCGGGCUUAGCUAAAAAGCUCAAGGAACAAAUCCCGCAAUGGUUAGUAUACAUUGUGUUUGUUGUUCAUCGGCAAGCUUUGGCUUCCAAAACAUUGCCACAGAAAUUACGCCAGACUUUGGACUCGGCUAUAAGAAUUGUAAGCUACAUCAAGAGCAGCGCUUUGAACAGUCGGUUAUUCACUCGACUUUGGGAGGAUCUCGAUUCUCAUCACAAAGUUCUUCUGUUCCAUACAGAAGUACGGGGGCUGUCCAAAGGCAACAUGUUGGCUCGCCUUUAUGAAUUGAAAGAAGAGGUAAUUAUUUUUCUUCAGUACAAAGAAAAACAUGAUUUCUUGACAAUGUUCAAAGAUGACACAUUUCAAUGGAGGUUGGCUUAUUUAACUGACAUAUUUGACUCCUUGGAUGAGCUAAACUUGAAACUUCAGGGCAGAAACAACACUAUAAUAAGCAAUUAUGACUAUAUUCAGGGGUUCAUAUCAAAGCUUCAACUUUGGAAUCAAAAAGUGUCUUCUGAAAAUGUUAUAUCUUUUUCUCAUCUGUUCGAAGCAAUUAAAAAUAACAUACUGGACGCAAAUUUAAAAGCUGACAUAAAAACUCAUUUGCAAGCACUGGAAGACGAAUAUCGCCGAUACUAUCGAGACAUCAAUUCAGAGUCACCAAUAUGUUACAUGACAAGAAAUCCAUUUGUUGUCGAUAUGUCACAAUUACCAGAAGAAGUUCAGGAAGAAUUUCUAGAAAUGAAGGCUGAUUCGUCCAUGAAAGGCUUUUAA